AUGAAAAACGCCUCGGAGAAAGUUGCUUCGGAGAAGGGAAGUGAUCAUGAGCAGGCUAAGAACUAUGAUCAUGCCGUUGGUGAUGCUGGUGAUGCUGCGGACUUGACGGCCCUUGGUUACAAGCCUGAACUCAAGCGUAACCGGUCAAUGUUCACACUUCUUUUCCAAUCCUUAGCAAUCGCUGCUAUCCCCUAUGGCUUCGGCGCACCGCUUAUCAACUCCGUCUACGGCGGUGGUCAACUAACCAUGUUUCUCGGCUGGAUCAUCGUCUGUCUUCUCGAUGAAUGCAUCGCUAUCUCCCUAGGCGAACUCGCUGCUCGGUGGCCUACGUCCGCUGGUCCCUAUUACUGGUCUUUCCAGAUCGCGUCGCCAAAGUACAGAACUGUCCUGUCUUUCAUCACAGGCUGGACAUGGCUUGUUGGAAAUUGGACCAUCACGUUAUCCGUCAACUUUGGCUUUGCUUCACUUCUUGCUGGCGGUGUUAGUAUCUUCUUGCCUGAGUAUGAUUGGCAGCCCUGGAAGCUUGUGUUGAUCUUUUACGGACUUUGCGUUGUGACGUUCUUCAUUGUCGCGUUUGGCAACAAAUUCCUUCCUACGGUGGAUACAUUCUGUGCAGCUUUCACUGCUAUUACUAUCUUCAUCGUUUGUGUCUGUCUUUCGACUGAGGCGAAGGAGGGCAGGCAUUCGGCAAGUUACACACUUGGCAACUUUGAUCCCAAUCUGUCGGGUUGGGGAAACUUUGGCUUCUGGAUUGGCGCUCUACCAUCUGCUUAUACGUUCUCCGCCAUCGGCAUGAUCACCUCCAUGGCUGAGGAAUGCGGCGACGUUACAGUCAAGCUCCCAAGAGCCCUCGCUCUCUGCGUCCCCGUCGGUUGCAUCGCAGGUUUAUUCUUCAUCAUCCCCAUCUGCGCAACCCUUCCCCCUCUAGAAGAUCUCCUCGAAGCACCACUAGGCCAAGUCCUCCCCAUGAUCUUCUACCGCGUCAUGGGCACUCAAGCCGGCGGAAUCGCCCUGACAGCCUUGGUUCUCAUCGUCACACUCUUCUGCUCCAUCUCCAUCACAGUCGCCGCCUCGCGAACAACAUGGGCUUUCGCACGCGAUCAAGCCAUUCCCCUCUCAAGGGUCUGGUCAAAAGUCAGCAAGCGACACGGUACACCUAUCAUGGCUCUUCUCCUCACAACGAUUAUCGAGAUGCUUCUUGGUCUAAUCUACCUCGGCUCAAGCUCUGCCUUCAACGCUUUUAUCGCCGUCGGUGUUAUUGGUCUCGCUAGCUCUUACGGUAUUCCUAUUCUACUAUCUAUGCUCACUAAUCGAGCUGGAGUCAACACCGCGCCCUGGACUUUCGGCAAGCGAUUUGGCUGGGUUAUCAACGUUUUCGCUCUGGCGUGGAUUUGCUUUGAGAUGAUUCUCUUCUCUAUGCCUGUUGCCAUUCCUGUCAAUGCUGUGACGAUGAACUACGCUGUUGUUGUGUUCUUCGGCUUCAUGGCGAUGUCGGCGGUUUGGUACGUUGUGCACGCGAGACAUGUGUAUAAGGGACCACCAGAAUCAGAUGGUCUCAGCAAGUAG